CUGCACCCUGUGGAGACCCACAGGGCUAAGGUUUUGUCUACAUUGAACGUUGUGCAGAAUUUUAAUUAACGCGCAGGUUCUUUGGUGAGUGUAAGGAAACGAUGUCCACUCCGGGGAAGGGAUCAAAGAAGGAGAGGAAGAAGCCCAUUCCAGUUAAAACAUCCCUCGACUCCCCAUACAAUCUUAACUGGUGUCCGCUGGAGCGAGAAUGUUUGCAUUUCAUCUUAAACACCCUUAAAGAGAAAUUUGUCGCUCUUCGUCUCCAGAAGAAAGAGGUUAAAGUGUUCCGUCAGUGGGGCAGCAAAAAGAAGACGAGUAAGCAAAAACCGUUGGUGGUUCGCGAGCCUACUUCGGAAGAAAAGUCGAACAUUCAGACUUCUCCGGAGACUAAAUCCACACAAGGAUGGACCGACCCAGCACUGAGAAAGCAGUUAGCUAUCGGGAUAAAUGAGGUCACGAAGGGCUUGGAGAGAAAUGAGCUUGGCUUGGUGUUAGUGUGCAGUUCGGUCAAGCCUUCUCACAUGACUAGACACUUUAUCCCGUUGAGUAAAACGAGGUCGGUGCCAGCAUGCCAAGUGCCCCGUUUAAGCGACAAUAUUGCGGGGCUACUCGGACUCAAAUGCGUUUUGGCGCUUGGCUUUAAGCGAAGCAGUGAGGCGUUCGCGGACACAGUCGGUGCAAUCGCACCUAAAGUGCCCUCUCUUGAUGUGGCCUGGGUUCCGGACUCUGUCAAAACUCAACCUGUGAAACAUUGCCAAGAGACCGAAGAGAAGGAUGCUGAGCAAGCGAGAGGACAGAAAAGAAAAAUCGAAGAGGUUGUUCCAGAAGCUUCGUCCGUGCUCCUCCAGCCUCUUACAGUAAAGCGUACAGUUCCCAACCCAUCAAAGAUCCGUAAACCAAAGAAAAAGAAAUCUAAAAAGUAAUCACUUAUUAGACUGAAAUACUUUUUUUUUUUCCUUUCUUGCCACUUCUGAAAAUGUGUUUGCCUUUGAAAUACUGCU